CAGGCCUUAGUAAGGGAAUGAGCGAGAACCAGUUCACUAGCAGCUAGCUAGAGGAGCAGUUAGAGAGCAGUGAGUUCAAGAGGAAAAGUUCGAGGGCAGCCAGCUAGAGGAGGGCAGUAUAAGCGUCACAAAGGAUGCUUAGUCAAGGUUUCAUUAGCAACAACAUUAGAGAUUAUUAGUUAUUUACAUUUAUGAUUAUGAGUAUAGACUAGAGAUCAGUUUGAGAUUUAAAGUUUGAGUUGAAUUUGCCCACGUGUUAGGGCUUUGCUCUGAGCUACAAGUGUGUGUUUUCAGUAUUUUAUUUGUGAAAAUUUUUCCCGCUGCAAUUUAAGGUUUGAGUAUUUAUUUAUCAAGGGAAUUUUAGUAAAAGUAGUGCUCGGCCGGGUUAGGGUGUUUCAUUAUGGUUUAACUUGACAAAUUAAACUAUGGGCACAAUCGUAAAAGGUAUUCUCGCCAAGCUCAUUAGCAUCGAGUAGCUUGGCGUGGCUACUUCUCCUUUUUAAUUCCUUCGCUCAGGUGAUGGAACGAAAUCCCAAUUCAAUUUAUGGUCUAUCUCAUUCAGUACUUGUUGUUGGACCCUAAAUCAAAGUCGAGGUAUCACACGAGCCUUCCUAUCGCUCACAGCGUAACUUAUAACGUCAUAUUUGCACAUUUUUGCACCCUCGUUUCUUGAUCAUUUUGCCUUGAGUUUUUGAUUUCUUGGACUAUUUUAUGCUAGGUUGUGUUCCUUUGUCACAUUUCAGGUCCUAUCAUGUAAAUUGAAGCAUAGGCGCAAGUUUCAAGUCAAUCGGAGAUCAUUUGGCAAUUCGGUAGAAGAAACACGAGCAUAACCUGAGAAAGAAUGGACUUCUACCUCAUAUUUUGGACAAAUAAUCAUGUAAUCUUGUCAUGAAAAGAUAGAGGACGAGACUACAAGCGUCUGGGAUCAAACGGCGACUGAUUCGGAGUCCGAACGAGGGAGAAACGAAGCAUUAAACAGGAGCGGAGGAAGAAAUACGGGCAGGAGAAUUACGACCGUAUUUCCCCUCCCAUGCCCGUAUUUUCACUUCCGAGAAGAGCUUUGGAUGCGCUGAAACUUAACCAAAAUGCCUGUUUUGGGGAAAAUACGGGCAUGGAAGAAUUACGACCGUAUUUCUGCCCGUAUUUCGCCCAGAAUCGGGUUUUUGAGGCAGAUUCGAGCCAAAGGAAAGGGGGAGCUGGGUUUUGGUUCCCAAACACCCAAGGGACAAACCCUAGAGAGAGAGAGCGACUUGGGAACAUUCUUGGACCUAUUUUGUAGGAUUUCUUCACCAUUGGAGCUCGGGAAUCAAGCUUGGAGAUGGAGAUUGAAGAUCUAGAUCAGAUUUCUGCAGUCUCUCUCUUCUCUAUGGAGUAACUUCCCCUCACUUAGGUUUUGAGGAACUCUAGUUCCAUGUGUUAGGAUCUUUCUUGUAUGAAGUUUUGGAUGCUAUAUUGUUUGAUUAUAAUCGAUUGGGGCAUGAUUUAUAGAGUCAAUUGAAGCCUGAUCAUCUUCUCUUGAUUUCUGCUUUAACCUAUGAUAGAUAGAAUUUGAUUAGGUUAAGAGAGCUACUUGAUUGAUAGUGGUGAACUGGUUGUGCGAGAGUCAAUCAAUUCACUGCUUUGUACUGGAAUUCAUUCCAGUAGUGGAGAUCUGUCUGAAUCACCUUAGCACUCUAUCCCGGUGAAGGCUAGUCGCCUGCCGGGUAUUCUGUCUAAGAGGGCUUGGUCAGUUUAAGAGAUUCCAAGCUAAUUUAGGAUCUUCCACAGUUUAAUCAACAGUAGAUCAACCAAAGGUAAUUGCAACUUGGACCUAAUUGAGGAGCUAGGGGGAAUCAUACCUAAGUGAGUUCCCAACUUGUAAUUAGCAGAGUACUUAGUAGAGUAGUUUAGUAAAUCAAUCCUUAAUUUAGUUGCUUAGAUAAUGAACUAAAGCUGAGUAAUAGUAACUCUAGAGACCCGUGGAUUCGAUAUUUAUUACUUGUGCCACUAUACUGCAGUCCCUUUCAUUGGUUACACUUGGCCAUUGUUAGGCGUUGUGUCGUAGAGAGUCAAGUUUUUGGCGCCGUUGCCGGGGACUUUCUAGAUUAUUAGGAAAGGCAAAAGUUUGUUACUUCAGCGUUUUUUUCCACCCUUGCUUUUCACUUGGGUGUUUUUGUUUUUGUUGGUGCAGAUCUGAAUCAUGGAUCCUAAUGGCUUCUCUAACCAGUGGGGGUAUCCACCACCAUCCGAGUGGUAUUACCCCGAGACUUCCUGGAGCAAUCAAGGAGGAGAGGACUAUGGAUUCGGGUCCCAGUACCAACCCUCUUACUACGGAGAAAAAUCAGACCCAUGGGCAUAUCAAGAACAACCUACUUAUCCAGAAUAAUUCCUCCCACAACUAGAAGGGCCAUCAGAUCUUGAUUUAGCCACAGCCCUCACGGGCCAUCCGGCAGAGCUAUGCUACACUCCACAGCCAGAUCCAAACUAUCACUUGAGGCUUCUCGUGGAGCACAUUGCUCGAGUACCUAACAGAUCCUUUCCCGAGAUGGAUCCUCAUAUCCAGGCCAUGGCCCAAACUGACUUCUCCUUUCCCCGUGAAAUAGAGGAUACCCUUCGGAGCAUAAAGAAGCACAUAGAGGUCAUUGAGAAAGCUUGUGCACAGUUUUCUUAAGACAACCUUUAUGCUGCCAUACAAGUAGAGGAGGAGGAGGAAGAAGGCAAUCAUGAAGAUGUUGAGGAGCAUAUAGAAGUUGUCACGGAAAGCUCCCAUGAUAAUCAUGAUCAAGUGUAUCCUCUAGUGAUAGAUUACAAUUGUCCCCAUUUCCGCUCUGAUAUGCUGGGCCCGAGCGAUGAGACGCAAGAUGAUCUCAUUGAAGAAAUUACAUGGCGACUUGGUCUCCAAUCUGUGAUAGAAGAAGAAGAGCGAGAAAGGGUGAGGGAAGAAGUUGUGGAGAAUGAGGAAGAAAGUAAAGAAGAGGAAGUUAUUGAUCUUUUCCAAGGGGAGAUGCCAUAUUCUGAUGAAGGCAGGGGGGUUGAAGAAGCAAGUGGUGUCCAGGCUGAGGAUGAAGUUGAGGUGGAAGAGGCUUGCACCGACCAUGAUUUACAUGUGAUAUCUCCACCAAACUUAAAGGAACUGCUUAGCAAGGACCCAUUCGCAAUGCAACUUUGCCAGACCAAGGCCACAUCGACAUCAGUCCCUCUUGCUGGACGUGAUGGUGGUCAGUCGAUACGUUUAUAUUUGCUUUGGGGCAAUGAGACAAGAGAAGAAACGAGGAAGAGAUCUCGAGGGUGGAGACUUCAGUUGCAUCAAGUGCACGAGCCUUCAUCACCUGCCACACCACCUGCUCGUAACUUGAGACUCCACCUCAUAGAUGAGAACCUCAACUUCAAAGAGGUUCUAGCAUGGACCGAAACUUAGGAGCUACCUUCCGGCUCACGACGUGAAAGAAGCGCUUGUUAGGAGGCAACCCAACUAGUCGGUUCGCAUUUCUUUCCAUAUCUCUCCUCAGUUGAGUCAGUUUUGUUCUUUGAUGUUAGAGUUAAUAACUCAACCUUUUUGAGAUUUUGUGUGUUGUUUGUGUUCCGACUACUCUCUCCUCCUAGAAUGCACCGCCUGCCCCGUCCACCAUCAUUCACCCUUGAUCUGGUAACUUCGUUUUACCCUCCUUAUCUUUCCUCCAUUGAGGACAAUGUCGUGCUUAAGUGUGGGGGGGGGGGUGUUCGAUUAUGUAUGUGUGUGAAUGUUUGGCUGUAUGUGUGUGCUUGGAGCCUAGUCCACUGUCCAAAUCUUGAGAUUUGAGGGGUCCAAGUACUAUUGUUUGCUUGAUCGUAUUGGCAUUGUGAGUUUAAUUGGUGAAUCGAAUGGCUUUUGAAUGAAUGCAUGACAACUGGAUUGUGACUAGGACAACCUAUUAUGAUGACUGAGACGUGCAGUAGAAUUGUGUAGGGGUUCAUUUUUUCAACUGUUUGCUUACCAACUGCGACUUGGAUGGAUCACUUUUUCUUGACAGUCUUUUAUGCAUCUAGUUCAGGGAAUCAGAAUGAGAGAUAGAGCAUAUAGGUAGCCAUGUGAGAUUUGAGCCUGCUCGUUUCUUUCUUGUGCGAUAGAUCCCUCUUCCAUGAUGUGUAGCAUUCACGUUGUCAUUAGCUAAGAUGAUGGAGGCAUAGGAUUGGCCCACGACCAAAUUGACUAACCUGAUGUGUCAUACCCCUUAGUCAGCCCUUUUGAGCCGUGUGUUAUCCUUUCUUUCGAUCUACAAUGGAAAAUCACCCUUUUGCAUCUCUUAGAAGGUUCCACAGAGUGGUUUUUACAUGUUCUCUGCUGUUGUCGCUAAAUAUAAUGUGAGGGUUGGAGGUAGUGCUUAAAAAUUGGGCAUGCGUUUGAAAAAUGUGCAGAGGUGGUGGUUCUCUUAAGAAAUGAAAAAAAAUGAGAGAAAAAAAAAAGCAAAAGAGAGCCACUACCAAAAACCUGAAUAGUGUCCAUUAAGUAGUGUUUCUUAGCAGUCUGGCUUGGAAAUGCUAACAUUUAUAUGACCUCCUUCGCUCUUGUGCUCUAGAGAAUUUGAGUAAUGCAGAAUGGCAGAAAGGAAGUACUGGAUUGAUUGGUUGUGAUUGUGUUGGGUUUGGAACUGUGGAACCUUGUGCUAUGAAUACUUCCACCACCUAAAAGGCCUUUCCCCAUGUCCAAGACCCUAGCCAGUCAUCUGAACCUGUGUCUAAGACCUCCGGAUUAGUUAGUGGUGACACCCCAUAUGUGAACUCUAGCAUUUAGAGGCUGCCUUCAUGGUGAAGAGACGUUAGGGAUUGAGAGUAUGAUGAGUAUGCACAUCUUGCAUAAAAAAAAUUGUCUUGACCCCACUAGUCGAGAGUGAGCGAUUCAUUUUCUCAUAUUAUCUAUACUCUUUACCCCGGUGAGGACCUAGAUGGCUCGGUCUUGAUUCUGAUGUCUUGAGUUUUAUGCAUGAGCUGACUGUCUUGAAUAAGUGGUUGAGUCAAAU